AUGACUGGUUUUGUUCCAAACAAAUCAUGCACAACAAAUCUUAUUGAGACAAUUGACACAAUUACAUUUGAAACUGCAAAAGGUAAACCGUUAUGCGUCGUAUAUCUUGACUUCGCAAAGGCUUUUGAUAAAGUAGAACACAAAAGAUUAUUGACAAAGAUUAAAGCGUAUGGUAUAACUGGUAAAAUAUAUAACUGGAUUGAAAGUUUUCUUGCAAAUAGGAAACAAAGAGUUGCUAUUAGUAAUACAGUUUCAGAAUGGGUAUCAGUUACCAGUGGCGUGCCUCAGGGUUCCGUUUUGGGUCCAAUGUUGUUUCUACUAUUCAUAAAUGACCGCCCAGAAGUUGUGCUAAACACAUUUAAAAUGUAUGCUGAUGAUAGCAAAAUAAUAGCCAUAGAAGAUUCCAUUGAUAAACAAGCGGAAAUACAAACCGACCUUGACAACAUUGUGAAAUGGUGCAACAAUUGGGGUAAUGAACAAAACUGCAAAAAAUGUAAGGUGAUGAGAUUCGGCAAUCAGAAAAUUUUUCGAGGUAUUGAUAAAACAUACACAAUGAAUAUAAAUGAAAUGAUUUAUGACCUCUCAAACAGUGUAUUAGAAAGAGAUCUAGGUGUCUUUGUACAACCGGAUAUGAGGUGGAAGCAUCAAACGCAAGUAUGUGUUAACAAAGCUUCAAAAAUACUGGGGUUAUUGAAAAAUGCCUUUGAAAGUAGAGAUUGUUAUAUGUGGAAAAUUUUGUAUACUACUUAUGUGCGACUUCAUCUUGAAUUUGCGGCUCCAGCGUGGAGUCCUCCGAAUGUGGCCGAAAUCUCAAUGCUUGAAAGAGUUCAACGUAGGGCCACAAAAAUACCAUACUCAAACCGAAUGCUAAGUUAUGAGAAACGGCUAGUUAAAAUGGAUUUAAUUAAUUUAAAUCUCAGAAGAAAACGAGGAGACCUUAUUCAUUUAUAUAAGAUAUUAAACAAUCUAGAAUUUGUCAAUCUUAAUGUCAAACCAGUCUAUAAGUCAAGCAUUAAGUUAGAUGGCCCAUGUUCUUCCAUUAGAGGUCUCAAAUAUAAAAUUAGAAUGCAGUGUUUUACUCCUCGCGAAAUAAAUGACUUUCAUGCAUCGGUAUAUAGAUUAUGA